GCUGAAUUAUUUUGUAAUCUUGUUCUUCGUCUGCGAUUGUCCAUAACACCGUAACCAUCAUAUCCACGCAAUAUACAAUUGGAUAGUCUAACAUUACAAUCGGUGAAGAGAUUUGUAUUUAAUUCUCUUGUAUUCAGUUUCAAUGUGUGCACGAAGCGCACAACAUCGCGUUACACGAAACCAAAGUUAAUAAAACGAGCAACACACAGAGAGAAAAAAAAAGUUCAAGUCCAUCAAGUCGUUUCCAUACAGUUGAAAAAUCAAUAAAGUGUUUCUUUUCGGAUUGAUGAACUUCUAAAAACGGAAUGUUUAGGAACAUGUCCAACUAGUGACUGUCUGAAAUUGAUUAACCCAGAUGAGAAUUGUUGGGAAUUGUGCAAUAUUUUAUGAUUUUCUACAUUCAAGGUGGUCGUAAAUUAGCAAAAAUUUAAUGAUGAGACCAAAAAUGGAUGUUGUCCAUAUGGUACAAGUGUUUGUCUUUUGGACGAUCUGUUUGAUUGGAUUGACUGCCGGAGAAUAUGCUGCUGGCAAAUUUGGAAUAUUGAUGCCGAAAGUUAGACCUUACCGGCCUGAACUGUAUUUGUGCACUCCAGUCAAAGUUGAUUAUACGAGAGACUAUUAUAUCGUCGGAUUCCAACCAAAUGCUUCGAUGAAUGUUGCUCAUCACAUGUUAAUGUACGGGUGUGAAUAUCCUGGUUCCUCACAACCUGUUUGGAAUUGUGGCGAAAUGGCGAAAAAAGAAAAUGACGAAGAGGAAACGGCCAGUCCUUGUAGACCGGGAGGCCAGUCACAAAUUAUUUACGCUUGGGCUCGUGACGCUCCAGCAUUAACGCUUCCAGAUGGUGUUGGCUUUAAGGUGGGGAACGACUCACCGGUUAAGUACAUUGUUUUACAAGUGCAUUAUGCUACUGUGGAUAAGUUUAAAGACGGAAGUACUGAUGAUUCUGGAGUGUUCUUGCAUUACACCACACAACCCAUGUUCAAAAGAGCCGGAGUUUUAUUAAUGGCAACUAACGGCGAAAUCGGACCAAUGAAGACCGAACACAUGGAAACAGCUUGUGAAAUCACUGAAGACAAGACAAUGUAUCCGUUCGCCUACCGUACACACACGCAUUCAUUAGGCAAAGUCGUUGCUGGUUACAAAGUCCGGCGAGAUGAAAACGGCAAAGACAACUGGAUACAACUGGGUAAACGCGAUCCGCUUACACCGCAAAUGUUCUACCCCAUCGAAAAUAAUGGGACAAUUGUACGUGGAGAUUUCGUAGCUGCACGUUGUACAAUGACAAGUAAUCGAACCAGAACGACAUAUAUCGGCUCUACAAAUGAAGAUGAAAUGUGCAAUUUCUAUAUGAUGUAUUACACGAAUGGCGAAGAACCACUUGAAAUGAAAUACUGUGGCUCUCGUGGUCCGCCCGGUUAUUAUUGGAGUAAUCCAGAAGCGGGCGUCAACAAUAUUCCCGAUAUCGAAGCGAGCACUUUAUAAAUGUAUCCAAUAUAUCUAUAAUGUCAUGUAAACCAAUCAAAAUCUGAGGUAAAAAUUUCAUUUAUUUACAGCCACAACAACAAAAAACCACUGCAUAUCGGUAUCACUCGAGGUAUAUCUUUAUACCACUUUGAACCUUAUAGAAACGGCCAAUCAUCGACAACGGUGUCAGCUACAAGCGUUAAGCUAGUUUUUCUUUUAUAAAUAUAUAUAAGUGAUAGUUUUUGUAUCGAUCACGAGGAGAUACUCUACAAAAUUGAAGUACCAGAUUUAAUGAUUCUGUUGCGAUACGUUUGCCGUUUCUAAUGGGUUUCAAUUAAAUAGCCUCGGUAACACCCAACGGAAAUCCUUCGGAUCCGAGAAAAUCGUCCUCUUUCCGUUGAGAGGGUGUUACAUUGCGGCUAUUUACUUAAAAUGUAUGAAAAUUAAUUUUUUGCUGUGAAUUACAAAUGUUUUUUUAAAUUAAUUUAUUUUUGUUGAGCAGUUUUUUAAGAAAAGUUUUUUUUUGUGUGACAUUCUUGAAGGUCGUGUAAUGACCAUUUUAUUCAUAUCGCACGACUUAUAGAGUCUAAAUCCCAAACAGACAAUUUUUUACAAUUUUAAAAUUCAAGGUGGUGGUUUUAAACUUUAAAGGUGGAACGAUAGAGAAAAGUAUUUAUUUACCAGUAAUGAAUGAAACGAAUGAUAAGACUUGUUACUAAGUACCUAGAGAGAAAUGAAA